AUGAGGCGUCUCCGGAGAUUGGUGCAUCUGGUGCUCUUCUGCCCGCUCUCCAAGGGCUUGCAGAGUCGUCUCCCUGGCAUCAAAGUGAAAUAUCUUUUCCUUGCCUGGCUGGGCAUCUUCGUGGGCAGCUGGGUGGUGUACAUGCAUUACUCAUCCUAUUCCGAACUGUGCAGAGGUCACGUCUGCCAGAUGAUAAUCUGCGAUCAGUACAAGAAGGGGAUCAUUUCUGGUUCAACGUGCAAAGACCUGUGUGAGGAGCACACCCUGGUGUUCCAGCAGUGUCUUUCCUCAUCCCCCACUCAGCAGGUGUACAGGGGGCGCUGGAUGGAGAAAGAAGUGAUCAUUAAAUGUGGUGUUGAAGAUGCUUUAAAGGCCGACAGCAACCCCGAUUCAGUGCCCAGGAGGGACCUGGUUCUCUUUGACAAGCCUACAAGAGGGACAUCCAUGGACGAAUUCAGAGAGAUGCUCCUGAACUUCCUAAAAGCUAACCUAGGAGAUCAGACAUCACUUGCAGCCUUGGUGAACCAAAUCAUCACCAUGGCAGACGUGAACAGAGAUGGGAAAGUAUCGCUGGCAGAGGCCAAAUCCAUCUGGGCUCUACUUCAUCUAAACGAAUUCCUGCUCAUGCUCUCCUUGCAUGAGAAAGAACACACCUCCAAAUUGCUGGGGCACUGCGGGGACCUGUAUGUCACGGAGAAGAUCCCUCACAACUCCCUUUACGGUACUAAUGUCCCUCACUUCUUCCAGCCAUUGCUGCCUUCAGCCAUCCAUCGGAUUAUUCACCAGUGGUUUGCCCCAGCCUGGCCCAGGAGAGCAAAAAUCGCCAUUGGCCUUCUGGAGUUUGUGGAGGAGAUAUUCCAUGGGACGUACGGGAACUUCUACAUCUGUGAAACUAGCUUUAAGAACGUGGGCUAUAACGACAAGUAUGACUUCAAAAUGGUCAACCUGAGGAAGGUGGCAACAGAGAUGACAAUCAGAGGUUUCCUCAAGGGACGUCACUGUGAGCAGAACGUGGACUGCACCUACGGGAAGGACUGCAUGGCAACUUGUGACAAACUCAUGAAGCAGUGCAAGGGUGACCUGGUCCAGCCCAACCUGGCAAAAGUCUGUGGGCUACUGCAGGAUUACUUGCUAUAUGGAGCUCCGUCUGACUUGAAAGAAGAGCUGCAGAAGCAGCUACGAACCUGUAUGACCCUUAGUGGCCUGGCUAGCCAGAUGGAAGUGCACCACUCACUUGUGUUGAAUAAUCUCAAGACCUUGCUUUGGAAGAAGAUUUCAAAUACCAAAUAUUCCUAA